AUGAAUUAUAUUUUAUAUAUUUUAUUAAUAUUAAUAAUAUUUUCAAUAAAUAAUACUUUUUCUAUAGGUAGUUUUGUUUAUACACCCGAUGGUUACUAUAACUUAUAUCGAAUAAAUAAGUUUGAAAAUUUUUCAAAAAUACCAACAAAAGCAAACAGUGUCAAUGUAGAGCCACAUGAAUUAUAUUAUCCCGAUAUAUGCGACAGUGCAUUAAAAAAUAAAAAUUCAAACGAAUUUUCCAUAGACAAUUUCCCGGGAAGCCCUUUUUUAAAAGCAAAUAUUAAAAUUACAAAAGGAUCUAACAUGACUUUAGACCCUCUUUUGUCAAUUCAUCCAUCAUAUAUAAAUAUCCUAUGUAUAGAAGGUAGUUUCACAGCUGGAUCACAACAAACACUUACCUUAGGAGGUAUAAUCGUUUUGCCUGGUGGUAAUUUUCAUUGUAAUAAUUGCGUGCUACAAUUUGUUGACCUUUCUUCAACUAUAAUCAAAAUUGAUCCUUUUGGGUUUCUCCCAGGUAUCCUUAGUUUAGGUGGUUCCAUAUCUCUUAUUGGAUCUCAAAGAAUAUUGUAUUCAGCUAAACCGAUAGAAGAUAAUGUACUAGAGGUAAAUGAUAUAUCAACAUUAGAUCCAUUCAAUGGAUUCAAUGUAUCUAUAGUUAGCGACUCAUUUCCAAAUGUUAGAACUUCAAGAUUUACCUAUAACAAAAAUAAACUAGAGAUGCAAGAUUUAACAAUACCAACAACAGAUCUAAAUAUAAAAUUAUUUUUCAAUGAUUCAGGUUCUUUAAAGUUUGGAGGAAUAUCAACUAGAACUAAAUCAUCAAUUUAUAUAACAGGUGAUACUAAACUACAUAUUGAAAACUACUUACUUGAUUCAAUUGGUAAAACUUCAAAUAAAGAAUAUGAUGAUACAAAGCUAACCUUCUCAUCAGAUAAUCCAAAUAAUGUGACAGAUAUAAUAAUUGGUAAAAAUCAAAGAUUUAGAAACUCACUAUAUAUAGAGUUUUCAAAUAGUGUAACAAUAAAGAAUAGUGUAAUCAUUGGAAACACUGGUUCGUCGAGAUCAUCUUUAGUAUUUUUUCAAUCAAAUGUUAAUAUAUCAGGUAAUUUAAUAGUGGGCACAGCAGGUUCAAGUAUGAUUGCUCAGUAUGGUACAGAAUAUAUAGAAUCAUCAAAUAAUUAUUUCUCAUUAGUUUUACCAAAUGAAUUUCCUACAUCACCAGCAUUUAUGGAUUAUGGACAUGAAGGCAAUGGUAUCUAUUCACUUUCGCCAAACAUAUUCUCAACUAAUGAUAUAUUCAAUGGCCAAAAAAUUUUAUACAAUUUUAAUUUCAUAUCAAGAGAGAAUGUUACAGGUUUCGAUAAAGAUUGCUUCGCUCCAUGCGAUAUUAAUUCAAUAGUUGUUCCAAGUCUUUCACAAGAGCCAAUCGAUUUUAGUAAAAACUUAGUAAAUCCAAUUUCAAUUAAUCCAGUAGAUUACUUUUUAAUAGUUAAUAGUGAUGAAGAAUUAAAGAAUACUUUUUUUACAAUUAAAGAUUCAACUAUUUCUUCUAAAAUCAUUGUAAAUUUAAAAGGAAGUGGUUUAGUUUUAAAAAAUAUUAUUGGUGUUAAUAAUUUUAAAUUGACAGGUCAAGUUAAAAGGUUGGAUAUUUAUGAUUCAUUUUUUGGUUCAUCAACAACACCAUCAUUAGGUGAUAAUGGUAUUAAAUCAUCAGCUGUCAUAAUUAAAAACUCAAGCUUUUAUAUCGAUGAUUUUCAACUUCAAAAUAAUCAAAUCUAUGGUUCUUCGAUUGUGCCAUACCUCUAUGAACUUUUAAAUGUUGAUGAAUUUAUUCUAGUAGAUUCCAUUUUUCCAACUUCACAAUAUCAAAUACCAGUUGGUGGAAAAUUAGAUUUAAUAGUAAAACUUGUAAUAAUAUCACCAGUAAUUAGUCGUAUUACUUGUGAACUCGAAUCAGAUAAUGAAACAAUAACAUCAUCUGCUAUAUCAGAGAGUGUAAAUAAAGAGUGUAAAUUUCCAUUAACAUUUAAAAAUGAUGGUUCAGUAAAUUUAAAAGUAACAGUGAAAUUAAAGAAUGUAGGAGAUUCAGAAAUAAUGUAUAUUAUCAAUUUUCCAAAGAUUACAAUAUUUAGUAAUUAUUCAUUUUAUUCAGGUUGGUCAAUGGAAAACUCAACUGAAAAUGGAAUAAUUUCAGUUGAUGGUAAUUCAUUCAAAAAAGGUUGUAGUAUUAGUAGUAAUGAUAAUAGCAAUAAUUGUACAAUUUCAAAUAAUAUAAAAUAUAUAACAAAUUUACCAAAAUUAAAUAUAUCAAAUGACCUUAAUGAAUUAUUUUUAAAUGGUAUAACAUCAAUUAAUUCAAAUGAAUUAGUAACUAUAACAACAAGAAUUGAUAGUGAAACAAAGUAUUAUCAAAUUCAAUUAUUUUUUAUACAUCAACCAAUUGAUGAUCAACCAACACCAUUAUCAAUUUAUAUUGAAAAUCAACCAGUAUUCUUAUUGGAACCAUUAGAGAGUAAUUCAGCACCAAUUUUCAAAAAUUUAACAUUCAAUUUCGAUAAUAUCAACUCAUUGGAAAAUAUAAAUAUUUCAUUUGCAACAAGAGGUAAUACAUACUUAACAUCAAUGGCAAUUUAUUCAUCACUUGUAAUUGAAUAUCCAAUACCAGUUGAAAAAAUAAAUCUAUUACCAAUAAUUGUUCCAAUUUGUGUUACAGUACUUGUUUUAUUAUCCAUAUUAAUUGUAUUCUUUGGUGCCAGAUAUUAUAAACAUAAAAAAAGAAGAAGACUUGAAAUAGCUGUUUUUGGUGUUGAACUAUAUUCAAAGAAACCAUCAAAUAAUAAAUCACCAGUACCAUCAACACCAUUAAUUAUAAAUUCAAAUCAAGAACAAUCAUCAUCAAAUCAUAUAUCAAUAACAGUAAAUAGAAAUUCUGAUAUUCAAACACAAUCAGAAAAUAAUAAUUUAGAACCAACCACAGUAGAAACAACAACAACAACAACAACAACAGCAGCAGGAGCAAUAUUACAAACAAAUGUAACAUUAGAAAUGGAAAAUUUAGAAAUUAAACCAAUUAUAAAUAAUAAUGAACCAUUUUUUGAAGAUUAUAGUGAUGAAUAUGAUGAUUCAAGUGAUGGUGCAGAAUUAAAUGAAGAUGAUGUUGAAGAUUAUAUUAAUAUUAUACGAGGUGGAAAUAUUAAAAUUGAAGCAGAGGGUGAAUUAUUUGUUAGACAAUUUGAAAGAAAUACUUUUGAUCAAGAAUUUUUCGAGUAUAAAAAAAGUAAAAUACCAAGUCCUCAUUUAGUUCCAUCAUUAGCUCAUGGUGAUUUUAUUGAAAAUCCUUUAAAUAUUAUUGAUAUUUUACUUGACCCUGUUACCAAUGAAAUACCAUUAGAACAUUAUUUAAAAACUUAUAAAAAUAGAAAUGGACAAAGUGGUAAAUAUAGAACCAAUACUCAAACACAUGUUUUAAUUGCAGAUACAAUAUUCCAACAUUGUAAUGAUCCAGAUUUACCUGUAUCAGUAUCACCAUAUAUUUGUGAUUUUGGAAUGAAUGGUAGAAAAUCCGAUCUUGGUGAAGUUUGUCAUGAUACUAUCACUUUUAAAAAUAAGUUAAGUGAACCAUUAUAUGCAUUAUUUUUAUUCCCAGAAGGUGAUGAUAGUUCAAUAACAAGUUCACCUUUUCAAUCUAUUGAAUUAAAACCAAAUGUUGAAACUUCAAUUUCAUUAUCAGUUACUUUAUUUUCAACUACAAAGUAUAAUGAAAAAGUAAUAGUUCGAUUUGAAACAUUGGAUGUAAAGCAAUCAUGGUCAACAUUUGUUUUCCUUCGUUUAGAGAGUGAAUUAACUAAUAUAAUAGAUUUUAAUGAAAUUAUAAUUAAAAACUAUAUUUCAGAAGGUACAUUUGGUAUAGUUUAUCGUGGUAUUUGGAGAUCAUCACCAGUUGCAGUUAAAUUACUUAAAAAUGAAUAUGUUGAUCAUGAUGAAAUUGAAAAAGAAAUUUCACUUUUAGAAAGAUUAAGACAUCCAAAUAUACUAUUAUAUGUGGGUAGAUUUAUUUUUUCUGGUAUUCAUGGUAUUGUAACAGAUUAUUGUUCAAAAGGUUGUUUAAGUAAAUAUAUUCAUGAAAAUAAGUAUAAAAUAACAAUUAUUCAAAAAAUUAGAAUUUUAAUUGAUAUUUCAAAAGCAUGUGCAUAUCUUCACAGAAAUGGUAUUACUCAUAGAGAUUUAAAACCAGAGAAUAUAUUAAUUACUUCUUUGAAUCCAAAAUCUUUAGUUUGUGCAAAGGUAUCAGAUUUCGGUACAAGUAAAGAAACCAAUGAAAGAUAUAAUCUUCAAACUAGAAGAGGUACUGUUGCAUAUAUGAGUAAUGAAAUUCUAUCACAAGGUUCUUACACUAAAUCAACUGAUAUUUACUCGUUUGGCAUGCUCUGUUAUGAAUUAUUUUCAGAAAGAAUACCAUAUUAUUCGGAGCCACACUGGAGAAUAAGAGAAUUAGUACUUAAAAAUGAAAGACCUUCUUUAGAUCAAGAAAUUUUUAAAGAUACUGAUAUAUCUGAUAUUGUUACACGUUGUUGGAGUAAAAAUCCUUCACAAAGACCAACAUUUGAUUAUUUAUCAAAAUAUUUAAAACACUUAUUAAAAAAAUAUGAUAUAAAUAAUAUUAUAUAUGAUAAAGAUAAAAAAAAUAAAAAAAAAAAUAAAAAUAAUAAUAAUAAUAAUAAUAAUAAUAAUAAUAAUAAUAAUAAUAAUAAUAAUAAUAAUAAUAAUAAUGAUGAUCAUGAUGAUAAUAAUAAUAAUAUUAAUGAUAGUGACUGUGAUAAUAAUAAAAAUAAUAAUAAUAAUAAUAAUAAUAAUAAUAAUAAUAAUAAUAAUAAUAAUAAUAAUAAUAAUAAUAAUAAUAAUAAUAAUAAUUAA